AUGAAAAAUUUGAUUUUAGCUUUGUGUGUAAGCUUCACAUUAGGACUUGAAUUCGAUCGUCCAUGUCGUACAGAUGUUUCAGCCAAGGAAAACUUCUCACCAGCUUUCUACACCGGAAUCUGGUUCGAACUUUACAACAGUCUUGAACAAGGAUUCGCAGAAUGCAUUGACCAUCAUUAUACACGUAGAGGAUUACAACAAGUUUUCGAUGUUGAAAGAACUGGCAUUAAUAAUGGAACAAGAUUGAGAGAAACUGCAGUCGUCCGUGUUGUAAACCCAGAAGAGACUCCAAUGAGAGCCAUUUUACAAGGAACAGUCAACCGUAUCAAUGGAGAAAUCAUUACUUACAACUACAGAAUCCAUGCUACUGAUUACACAAACUAUGCCAUCGUUUGGUCUUGCGUUGAUCUCGAGAACAACAGAUCACGCGAAGAAGGUUCAAUUGUUGGACGUUCUACACAAUUGACACCAGCAGUUUAUGCUAAAGUUGAUGCUCUUCUUUUAGAAAUUGGAUUGAACAGAGAAGAUUUCAGAUUCAUUGAUCAUUCUCCUGAAGCUCAUUAUCGACAUUUCAUUAAAAUGAUAUUUGGAUAUUAUUUGAUACUAUUGUUCAUCCUUAAUGGAUUGAAUGCAUUAGAUUUAAAUCCCACAUCAAAAAACUUGACAGUUCCUGAAAACUUAGAAGACUUUUUGUCAAAGUAUGUUAAAAAAGAAAAAAGCCAAUCAAAAACACCAAAAUUGCAAAUCUCGAGUGGACGUAGAGCUUACGAUACACAAUUUCCAUAUGUUGCUGAUUUGAUAAUUGUUGAUGGUGCAACUGGAGCGAGAACCCUUUGUUCAGCCUCUUUGAUUGCAACAAACUGGUUGUUGACUGCAAAAAACUGCAUACCCUCGAAUAUCAAAAGCAUUCUUGCAAUAUUUGGAUCAGCAGACAGACAAAGUUCCACAAAAACUAGAAUUUUUGUAAAUCAUGUUAGUUUUGCGGGCGCACCAGAUGUAGCACUUCUUCGUCUUGAAAAAAGUGUUACAUUAAGUAGCACAAUUAAAUUAAUUCGACUUCCUGGUAUACCGAAAGAAAAUUUUGGAUAUGAUUUAUAUGACAUAACUGCCAUUGGUUGGGGAGCUACUUCAAGUGGAGUUUCACGUUAUUUACAGUUUGCUAAUUUCAAAAUACUUCCAAAAAUUAGAUGCAAUUUCAGUCCACAUACAUUCUGCUCGUUUUCAUAUAAUGGAGGAUCAUCAUUAAAGGCUGGCGAUUUCGGUGGUCCUGCAGUUAUAAUUGACUCUGAUGGGAUUGAGACUUUAGUUGGAAUAAAUGCUGCAACUUCUGCAACGAACGAAGGAGUUUAUCAAAUAAUGACAAGAGUUUCAAGCUUACUUCGAUGGAUUCAAUUAACGACUGGAGUCGUUUACCAACCAGAUAGUAUGGUGGUUCCAAAGGGAUAUCAAUCAAAUUGUAUAUCUCCUGGAUCAUCAUUAUUUUCUGCAAGUGGCUGUUACGGUUUGCUUUUCCAAACUGAUGGAAAUGUUGUAAUUUACUCGAAAGCUAAAGCAGUAAUUUGGGCUACGAAUACAAGUGGCAAGAAAGCCACUAAUUUCUGCAUUCAGUCAGAUGGAAAUCUUGUCUUGUACAAUGGCCUUACUCCUGUUUGGAAUUCAAGAACAAAUAUGUAUCCUGGUGCAUAUGCAAAACUUCAAGCUGAUGCAAGUUUGGCAAUUUUUAAAGCUGGAACUACAACAUCACCAGUUUGGAGAUCUAAGGCUUUGACAACCUUUCCCAACCAAUGUUAA